AUGAGCAAGCUGUCGUUCAGGGCUCGCGCCCUGGACGUCUCUAAGCCAAUGCCGAUCUAUAUGGCUGAAGAAUUGCCAGAUUUGCCAGAUUAUUCGGCCAUUAAUCGCGCAGUGCCCCAAAUGCCCAGCGGCAUGGAAAAGGAGGAGGAAUGCGAACAUCAUCUUCAAAGGGCAAUAUGCACGGGUUUAAUCAUUCCUACCCCUGAAGUAACUGACUUGGCAGAUGUUGAAGCUUAUGACAAAAUAUAUCCUGCUGAUUACAAGUUGCCUCGUCAACUUAUACAUAUGCAGCCCUUUGCAAUGGAGCAAGACAUACCAGACUAUGAUAUGGAUUCAGAAGAUGAAAAAUGGGUUGCUGUUCAAAGUCGCAAAAUGGAUCUAACUCCACUUCAGUUUGAAGAGAUGAUGGAUCGUUUAGAAAAGAGUUCAGGCCAAACUGUAGUUACCCUUAAUGAAGCUAAAGCACUUUUAAAAGAAGAUGAUGAUCUUAUUAUUGCAGUUUUUGAUUAUUGGUUAAACAAACGACUUAAGACACAACAUCCUUUAUUAUUAACUGUAAAAACGGAACAUCGGCUUGGUUCGGCUGCUAACAAUCCUUAUUUAGCAUUUAGACGCAGAACAGAAAAAAUGCAAACACGUAAGAUUCGUAAGAACGAUGAAACAAGUUAUGAAAAAAUGCUCAAGUUACGUAGAGAUCUUAGCAGGGCAGUUACUCUCCUCGAAAUGGUUAAACGUCGGGAAAAAACGAAACGAGAACAUUUGCAUCUUACAAUAGAAGUUUAUGAAAAGAGGUAUCAAGCGCAAGAUUUCAAUGGUCAGAUUCUAGCAGAAGUGUCUGCAUUAAAAACUCCAAGACCAGCAUUCACUCCACUUUUCACCAAUCAAUUUGGAGUUCAUCAAAAUUGGGCAAAUAAAGUUUGUAAUAAAGAUGAAGUUGUAGCUAGAAAAGAAAAGAGGCAAUACAAGAAACGAAAACAUAAAACGGACAGUAGAGGAGGUAGCCUCGAUGAAACUGGUAUACGUGGCGGAACAGGCAGUGGAGGAGGUCGAGGAAAUCGGACAGGAGUACUUGGAAGUGGGCUGGACCCUCUACUAAGUUCGGAUGAAGACAGUCCCCUUCCAUCACAUUCUCAUUCUCAACCUUCUCUUUCUUCAGAUAGAGAUGAUGAGGAUACUGCUGAUGAAGGCCAAUUUGCCUUUCGACGAAAUAGGAAUAGCACUUAUCUACCUCCCGUAUUAGGUGGAUUUGGAAAUUGGCCUUGGUGUGACAAACAUGAAGGAGGUUUGGCUGAUAAGAAGUAUAGGUUUGCCCUCACCAGCAUUAGUAAACCAGUACCUAAAUGUAUUGGUCUUGCUAGAAGAAGACUUGGUCGGGGUGGCAGAGUUAUACUAGACCGCUGUACUUCAGAUUUGGACGACAUGUGGUCUUCUUUAGAUUUUACGAUACACGAACCAAAACGUGAGGCUUCAAACUCAAAUACAACUGCCACAAAUAGUACACCUGUCAAGAAAGAAUGGCUACACUUUCGACCAAAGACUCCACCUGAGUCAGUGCACAGUCCAAGUGAGGAAAGUAGCGAUACAGACUCAGAUGUAGAACCAGUGUUGUCUCCAUCGAAACCACUUCCAUAUCCAUUCCCACCUGAAGCAACGUCGAUAUGUGUGGAAGUGGAACCCGAACGUGUGGGUGACGAGCCACCAUUUACUUCGGAAUUUAACAUUGCAGAUUACUUCUCAGUGGAUGCUCUAUCGGACUUUGAUCUUGCGGUAGCAAGUGUCAACGGUAGUGCGUGCGUUAGUGGGUUGUCGGACAAUAGCUCCAGCGAUUUGCGGACAGACGAGCUGGGCAGCUCACAUUUUGUAGUGACACCAUUAUGCAGCAAUCUGUUUGCACAGCCUGUGACACAACAGAGCCGGCCUCAGUGCAGUGGUGGUGGUUCUAGUGUUGUAAAUACUUCAAGUUCUUCAAUCCCGUCGUCCUCUUCGUGUGUGACCAAUCAAGCGACGACACUGAGUACCGUAUCAACGCAAUGUACGAGUGUUGCGAUAGAAACACAGUCGAAUUACCAGUCCAGACAACACAGACAAUUACCUUAUAACAGUAACGCUGCUUCUAUAUUAUCUAAAUCUCUGACUAGUCCAACAAAUAAUAGAAAUGGCGGUAAUUGUGGCAGUGGUGGAAGUGCAGGAGUUAGAGUGUUUAGUGCAGCCACCACACCUAGUGGUACCAUUACAAACUUUGGUAAUGGCCAUCAAAAUGGGCCUUUAUCACAUAUAAGCAACUCAAAUAAUCUGCCAAACAGUACUCAUGUUGUGAACAAUCAGCCGACAAUAGUUCUACCACAGAAACAUCCGCCGUCCAAUCUGUUGCCUGGCCUUAUCACGCAAAGUAAAUUAGCAAGUAUUGCAAGACAACAACAGCAACAAACACAGAGUCAGGCACAACAAAUCCCAACGUCCGGGGAAAUUACGCUUAAUAGUAAUAGUGAAAGUUUGAAUCUGGAGGUGGAUGGAGUGGAAAAUUCACCCUGUGAGACCAAAUCACAACAGCAACAACUUGUCCGGGCAAAUAAAACUAAUUCAUUGGCAAUGGAAGUGACAUGAUGCCUACUAUUGGCACCCCUGUUGCUACCAACGCGUUAUCGGGGGCUUUGCUAAUUUUAUCUUGCCCAUGUCUGCCUGACUAUGGGAAGUGGAUAUUGACGUAUUGUUUAAUGCAAAUAGUGGUACGGCUGAGUACAAUUGCAAAAUUGUUUUGAUCAGUUCUCUUCUGUGGCGAAACUAUGAUUAUCAGAAUAGUAUAAAUGUUAUAGAAAAUAUUGCCUUUAGCUCUGGCCUGAAAAAAGAAAAAAAAAAAAAAACAUUUUAAUUAAUUAAUUUUUUUUUCUUUUCUUAUUGAAUCAACAGUCAGUCUGUAUUAUGCAAAUCAUGGAUUAAUAAUCAUAUCAUAAUAUACAUGUUAUUUUUGGAAAAAUGAAAUUAUAUUUCAGAAAUUCAGUUCUCUAAAAUUAAUGAAAAUUUCUGUGGUAAUUUUCUAUGCUUUUUACAUAAAGAAGGAAUAUUUAACAAAUUACGAUAUACGGUUUCUUUUUCUUUGUACAUAAAUAUGUAUUUAUUGAUUGUACAAAGAAUGACAUAUUCUUCUUCAUAUGUUAUAAUUAAAAUUUAUAAAACAAAUGCAGUCAGAAUGAAUUAAGUUAAAUUCAUUUAAGUUAAUUAGUGCUACGAAAUUGAAACAGUACCAGUAUAACAAAUUACAAACAUAAUUUAUUUAUUUAUACAUAUGUUUCCAAAGGAUCAUAACAUUGUUAUUGAUUAUUAUUAUUAUUAUUAUUUCUUUUUUAUAUUUGAGAGUUCAACACUCUAAGAUUAUACGCAGUGCAAAAAAAAUUGUCAUGUAUUAAAGUUAAUAGAAACUAAUAGAAUCCUGUAAUCUGGUUAAUUCUAUUUGUGUACAAAAACAAUACUAAAAAUGUAUCUCAUAAUCACUGCUUAUGUCACAAGCUUUCUCAAACACAGCAUUCAUUAGAAACAAAUGUAGGAGCAGUACAAUAUAACUCCACAGAAGUAAGAACAAUCAGUUUAUAGUAUGUUUUAUAAAUAAUUUGCAUAUAUGACAAAUUCUUGACAUAAAAUCUUAUGCAAAUUUAUUGGAAAUUAUAUUUUCCUUAGAUUGUAUAAUAUAUAUAAUCUUUUCAAGAUUUCUGCUGCAAGUUCGUCACACAUAAAAAAAUUUGUAAUUACUUGUACAAUUAUAAAUCCAAAAAUAAUAAUUUUAUUCUACUUAUUGCAAUUGAAAAACUAUUUAGAAGCAGAGAAAAGAAUAAUGUAUUUUUUUAUUACAUUACAUAAUUAUUUCAUUGCUGUACAUAGAUUUGUUUUGAGUACCAUGUUUUAAAGAAGCUGUUUCUUUAUAUAUCUCAUAAUAUAUUAAAACGCUUGAAGGCUGUGAAAUAUUAAAGCUAUUACUGUCAGGUAAUUUCAAAGAACAUUAAAUAUCUUUGUAUGCAAGAUGCAUGAUUGGUGAAUAUAUUAUAUAUGUAUGAGUUUUUGUAUUACUAGAUGACAACAGAUUAUAUCGAAAAAUAAGUAGAGUCUAAUUUUAUUCAAAUGUUGCGUUUGAGGAGCUUGUAUUACACAAAACUGUGAAAGAAUGCUAUCUUUAGAAUACCUAUAUAAGGACUCAUAAGUCUUUCGUGUUAGUAAUUGCAAAACAUAUAUUAUGAAUUAGACCCUCAAAAAAAGGUAUUCAUCUGUUAGCAAGAUGUGAGAAAUUACAAAAGAAAAAUUUAUUUCCAAAUAAUAUAUUUGCAAAAAAUAGAAUUUUUUCUUUCAAUCAUUUAUAUGUAUCUCUUCUAUGUAGUAACUGUAUAUUCUUGUUAAGAAAAAUUGUUACCUAUGAAUACUAAUGCAUAGGUAAAAAGUCUUGAAUUUCCAUGUAUCACACAUUUGUGAUGCUCUCUCUUCCUCUUAGCAUCUUUUAUAUGACUGUCUCCCUUUAUGUACAAUUUUAUUGGUGUACCAAGAUAAAAUGUUAAGGGCAAAUAUUUUUUAUAAAGGACAAGAAUAGAAUUAAACAUGUUUUAUUUUGGAUGUAACAAUUUUUAAAAAAAAGGAACAAUAAUUGUGACAGUGACAGAGAAUCAGUUAAUUUCUAUGUUCUCUUUCAUUUCUAAUUUAAAAAUAUAAUUUACUUUGCAUGUGAUUAUUCUACAAAAUUCAUUUUUAUAUGUUUAUAGCUUUACUUUUUCAUUAUGUUCAGAAAAAACAAUAUAAUAUAUUGAAAACAUAAUGAAAUUCAAAGUAAGCUAUUAUAUUUCUCAACUCAUAAUUGUAACAAUGUUCACUAUGUAAUCUUGUGUAAAGUCAAAUAACACUGUAUUUUAUGAUAUUGUGAAAAAUAUUGUGAUAAUUCAAAUUCAAAGCAAUUUAUGCAAAAUAUAGGCCAUUGCUCAACUAAUAAUUUAUCGUUAUUAAAAAUAUAAAAAUAUAUGUCAAAAAUAAUCUCAUAAACUUUUCACAUGUUUAAAUAUUGUUUUUUCUCAAUGAACAAUGAAAAUGCUUAGUGCCAGCCGUAACGCAAGAUAAGAAGUAUGAUUAUGGUGCAAAUGUUUCAAAUUGUAGGGAGACUUCUUAAAAUCAUAAUAAGAAACAAACAAAAAAAGAUAUAUUGUACAUAUAAAAAUAAUUACGCUUACUGUAUCUCUUACUUUUAGGUAAUUAACUAAAUAAUUGUAAUUAAUGUUGUUGUGGUAGGCACACAGCGAUGUGUAUGAAAAAUUUAUGAAUUCAAAACAAUUUUAGAGAAGGAGUAAUAAAGAAAUUUUAUCCUGGAUAGAACUUAUUAUUUUGUAAAAGAACACUUGCCUAUAAUAUUAUCUAACAUUUUCUAAAAUUUAAUUUCUGCUCCAUAUUUGUACAUACAUUUUAGAAACAUGAUUAUUUCUCUCGUUUUUCUCAAAUUUAUCAUUAAGCAAGAAGGUUCUAUUCUUUUUCACAUCCUCAUCUGUACAUGGUAUAUUAGUAAUACCACUAAUUCCUUGUCAAUUUUUGGCAUUUACUUAUACAUUUAAAUUUAUUAUUAUAUGUUGGGAAUCUUCUGCUAAAUGAAUGUAUGAGAAUGACAAGUGAUGUUUGGAGAAUUAUCCAAAAAGAUUCUUGUAAAAAAUAAUUUGUUUAUUUAGUUGAAACGCUUUAAACGAAAUAUAGUGGUACAUGGAUUUUUAUAUAAAAUUUAUUAAUGUUACAUUUACCCAAUAGUAUCUUUGAAUAAAACAUCAAGAAUUAUCAAAGUUUGAUCGCUCAAACCAAAGACUGAGUUCAUUUUAUAUUUCUGGUUAGGUAAACACGAAAUUUCACUAAUCCAAGGCUAACAAAAUUGUUUAAUAGAAAAAAAAUUAAACAAUUAUUUACUAAAUUCAUAAAUACAUGUAUGUGCAUAAGCUACUUUUUCGUUUCAUUAAUAAAGUUAUCUAUUUUAUAAAAAUUGUUUUAAAGGUUGGUCCUAUAAAAACGUGAAAUAUCGUGUUCCCAAUUCGCUGCAUUGAUAAGAUAUAUAAUAGUAAUAUUAUUACUUAGAUAUAAGCCAAAUCAAUGCAACUUUACAGAGCGAUUGGAUGAAGUUAUUAACCAAUUCAUAUAAACACAAUUAUAUGAAAAAAAGGAACUUAUAGUUAAACUACCUGAUGAGAAGUUCCAAAAAUUUUAUGCAUUGACUUCUAUAAUAAUGCAGCAGGUGUCGAAGUGCAGUGUAUCCACUAUAUAUAUAUAUAUAUAUAUAUAUAUAUAUAUAUAUAUAUAUAUAUAUAUAUAUAUAUAUAUAUAUAUUACGCAUAUAUAUACAUAUAUAUGUAUCUAUGUAUGUAUUUGCAUGUAUAUAUGAUGUGUAUAUAUAUGAUAUAUGUAUAUAUAUAUAUGGUAUGUGUGUGUAUAUAUAUAAAUAUAUAUAUAAAUACACAUCAUACAUACAUACAUACACACACAUCACAUAUAUAUGUAAAAUUUUAUUCUGUGAAUACAGUAGAACUUCUAUGUCGCUGUGCGACAGGAAGAUUUUAUUGGAAAGUCUCUCCUACCAAAGCUCUGCUUUGAACAAAAGUUUGUCAAGUGUAUAGAGAAUUCUUCUCAAAAACGUAUGGUUGGAGGAUGUAAAAGAAAGAUCUAUGUAUUUAGAAAAUUUAUUCCAGACAACUUUCAACUUAUUCUUCAACAUAAAUAUUUGUGCUCAUACUAUCUGUUAACACCUCUUUCUAUAUAUGUACAUAUACGAAGUAAUCUUGAUAAAUUCAAACAUAAUACAAUUACAUAUUUAGUACAAACAACAUGGAACGUGAUAACACAUUAUAUUUUUAAAUUUUCGGUAAUAAUAUUCUUUAAAACAAACCAAUACUAAUCGUAAGUUUCUUCUAGAUAACUAAGUAACUUUACCGUACAUAGAUUUAAAUUAAUAAUUUUAUUAUUUUUCAAUUUUUACUCCGUAUAAUAGCAUUAAGGUUGAGGUGUUAUAAGAUAGUUGAGUUAUAUUUCCUACGAAGUAUGUAUAGAGAUUGAACUUAACUAUUGUUUAGUAUUAAUAUGCAUAAGUAUUGUGAUUAACACUUGACUUUAGUAGGCAAUGUAACUAAUUGAAUGUAUAUAAGUCAAUUUACGGGUUGCAUUUUGACUAUUAAAUAUACUAUAAUUGUGUAACUCUUAAAAAUUGGCAUAACAUAACAUACCAAUUCUUGUACAUAUUCACAUACAUAUGUACAUAUAUGCAUAUGUAUAAUUAUGAGAUUGGAUAUAAAGAUACAAUACAUUAAUAUAUUUAUAUAUGUGAAUAUAUUAAUGUACAUUGUAUUUGUAUGUACAGAUUUAUGAUUAUAUAUAUAUGUAUAUGCGCACAUACAACAAACAGCAGACAGAAAAACGAAAAGAGAGAAUGAAUGAAUGAGACAGUGAAUGAGAGAAAGAAAGAGAGAGAGAGGGAGAGAAAGAGUGAGAGAGAGAGAGAGAGAGAGAGAGAGAGAAGGAGAGAAAGAGAGAGAGAGAGGGAGAGAAUGGGUAUACUAGGAUGAAUUUUGCUAUAGAUUAAAUUUUUUGCAUAUCCACGUCAAUAGGUCUUACGCCUGUUUCCUUUGCCUAUUCUAUUUAUACUGCAUUAUGUACGCUUUCUAUGCUGUACAAUGUCAAAAUGUUACUUCAAAGUGAAUGAUUUUUUUUUUCUUUAUAUUGCAAAAUGCAAAGCUUCUCCUCUUAAAGGGAAAGUAUAUUGUUAUGUUUCAACUAUAAUGAUAGUGGAAAAACAGUGAACUGGUAUAUAUUGCAAAAUAAAAAUUGGUAAAGCAGAUAUUACUGCAAAAUAAAUUCUGAUUAUAUCAGA